UUUAGAGAGGGAACUUCUGUCCAGUUUUGUUACUGGGGACAGCGCUGAAGAAGCUAGGUGGUGCUGUUCAGGGUCUCCUCCGUGGCCUGUGCCCUCACGCAGAACGCCCCGAAGCCUCCCGUUUCCUGUUUUGUUUUGCUAACUGAUGUUCAAUCUUCUUCUCCCAGUGUGGUUUUGCUUGUGGCCAUUUCCAAUGUGUUUGAAUUUGGACCCGUUGCUGGGAUGGGCCGCCGCGAGCUGCCUGUUCGGUCUCCGAGAGACCUUGCCAUCGGAGAUAACAGCAUUUGGGACCAGAAAGAGCCUGCCGUACGCGAUCGGUCUGUCCAGUUUGUGCCUUCCGUGGGCAUACAGAACAGUAAGUUGCUUAAUAAAACUUGCUGUCUGAAUGGAGGGACCUGCAUCCUGGGGUCCUUCUGUGCCUGUCCUCCUUCCUUCUAUGGACGCAACUGUGAAUACGAUGUACACAAAGAGCACUGUGGCUCUAUCCUCCAUGGCGCCUGGCUGCCCAAGAAGUGUUCCCUGUGCAGAUGCUGGCACGGCCAGCUCCACUGUUUUCCUCAGACCUUUCUACCUGGCUGUGAUGGUUACGUGAUGGACCAGGAUCUCAAAGCAUCCAGGACUCCGUGUCAAACGCCGUCUGUGCCCACCACUUUUAUGCUAGCUGGUGCCUGCCUUUUUCUUGAAAUGAAAGUAUAGGUGUCAUGUGACUUCCAUGCCAGUGCCAUAGCAAAGAUGUCAUUCAUCUUAAUGCUCACAGUGAAUCCCUAACAUUACCCCUCAAAAUGCUAACUAGGCCUUUCCUCUGCACGGCCCCUUCUCUUUCUGGAUGUGCUGGCUGUAAAAACUAUGGGUGUGUGCCAAGCACUGUAACCCUGAGUUACAUCCCUAGCCUAAAAGCUACUCUAAAAAUGUGCUGUCUGCCAUAGCCUGUGUUUCUUGAUAGAAGUAACUCUCUUACUUUUCUUCCUAAGGCUUUUAAACAGUUCCGAAGGUUAUUAAGUCCUAAUGUGCAACUGGAAGUAAAUUCAGAGUAGAUGAAAACAGCUAAAUUAUCUUUAGAAAGGGAGGUGGUGGUGCCAACCUUAAGUCAGGCAGAGGUAGUUGGGUUUCUCAGUUCCAGAACAACCAGGUCUACACAGAGAAACCCUGUCUCAGAAAAACAAGGAAGGAAAACUACUAAAAGAAAAUUAAUGGACCAGGCAUUGUGGCAGAUGGCUUUAAUUCUAGCCCUCGGGGUAGGGGUAGGAGAAUCUCAGAGUUCAAGGCCAGUAGAAGUAAUGGGUCUGUGCAGAGGGAACAGCAGAUGGAGAAGCGACUAAGACUGGGGAAACGGAAUGGAUUGUUGGAUGUUUACGAGGGUACUGAGAAGAGAAUUUAAAAGCUAAGUCCUUCAGCCAAGCAUGGUGGUGCACAUAUUAGUAAGGUCAGUUCUCAGGAGGCUACAACAGGAGGACUACUAAGAGCUCAUGGCCAACCUGGGCUAUGUACUGAAUACCAGGUCAACAAAGACUGGAUGGCAAGACCCUCACAGAAAACCCAAACAUCUGAGUCUCUCCUGCAUAAGUAUGAAAGCUUUCUCCAAGCUAUACAAUUAUGUCAACUGUUGUGGAGGAAAGAAAAUGUUUAUUAUUGUAGUAGUAAACCAGAUUAUAAAAAGCACAUAUUGUCAAGUCAGCUUUUAUAAUAUAUUGUUCAUGA